UGUGUAUACAAUUAUGUGCAUCAAAUUUGUCAGUACAGAACUUUUGCUAUAUAUGUAGUUUUGCAUAGCUAUAGAUGGCGUUUUUGGAAUGUGUACUUCUACCAUUUUGUUUGCUCUUUAGUGCGUGAUAAAUAAAUAAUGUAAAGAGUGUACGGUAGAGUGUGAUCGUAAGUUUAUUGAAAAAACAUAUUUUAUUCAAGAUGGAUGACGCUGCAUCGAGCACGUCGUCUGCGCAAUCCAUCAAGACAAAAUAUGAAGAAAGAAUGAAACGACUCAGAGAUCUUCAUGUUAAAAGAAAUGAAGCCAGAAUGCAAAAUCACAAGGAAGUCGUGGAGGAGGAUAAAAGGAAUAAAUUGCCUUCCAAUUGGGAAUCUCGCAAGAGACAGGCUGAGUGGAUAAUGCAGGAUGAAGCUGCUAGAAAAGAAGCAGAAGCUAAGGGUGAAGAUUAUGAUCGGAAGAAGUUACUGAAUAUUGACGCCACAGAAGCGGAAAAAAUAGCCAGGAAAAAGAAAAGCAAACAAAAUCCAGAUCCGGGUUUUUCUGAUUACGAACAAGCAGCGAUACGUUCAUACAACCGUUUAGUGAAAAACAUUAAACCAAAUAUGGAAUCGUACGAGGAAGCAAAACAGAAAUUAGGACCUGCCUUUUACGGAGAUCGAAACACAAUACUUCACGGCUUGCAUGAAGACAAAAAGGAUGCAAUAGACAAAAUGGUUACAGAUCUGGAGAAACAAGUUGUAAAGAGGGAGAAGUACAGUAGACGCAGAAUGCAUAAUGACGACGCCGACAUCGACUACAUUAAUGAGCGUAAUGCUAGGUUUAAUCAGAAAUUGGAGAGAUUCUACGGCGAAUACACUCGUGAGACAAAGCUCAACUUGGAAAGAGGUACAGCUAUAUAAUGAGAGUGUCGCUGUAAUUAUUACAACACUUUUGUAUUAUACUAAUUUUUAUACAAGUAAAUUUGAAGUUUUUGUAGUAGUUAAUCAAAUAUAUCUUUCACGAAACUAUUAUCAAUUAUGUAUCUAUUGUUGUUGUAUGUGAAACUAAAUGUCGAAAUUUCGUCGAAAAAAGAUCAAUCGCGCUAGAAAAUCUGAUUAGACACGGUAUUUGCUAAAAAAAAAAAAAAAAAA